UCCAGGAGGUGUUGUGACGUCAGGCCUUGCAAUCUAUGACACAAUGCAGUACGUGCAGCCUCCAAUAGCCACAUGGUGUGUGGGUCAAGCCUGCUCCAUGGCAUCUCUCCUGCUUGCAGCUGGAAGUCCUGGCAUGAGACACUCUCUACCUCAUUCUCGUAUCAUGGUACACCAGCCUCAUGGCGGUGCACAGGGACAAGCAACAGACAUUCAAAUCCAGGCAGAAGAAAUUCUUCGACUGAAGGAAAGAUUAAAUAAUCUUUAUGUCAAGCAUACUGGCUUGCCUAUAGAAAAGAUUGCACCAAUGAUGGAGCGAGACAAGUUCAUGGGAGCAGAGGAGGCCAAGGAGAUGGGCUUAGUUGAUGAGGUUCUUACCAGUCCACCUAAAGUAGGAGACAAAAAUACUGAAAAUUCUGAGUAAUUUUUUUCCUUUUCAAAAUGUCUUUAUGUUGGUACAAGAUCAGGUGUGUAAAGUACAUUUCCGUUGCUUACUAAUUUUCAGUGCAGUGUUGUUAGAUAAUAAAGAGAUUUGGCAUGACAACUGUGGUAUAGUGUCUUUGUUGUAAAUACUUUUUGUAUCAAUAAAGAUUUUGCAGAAUUG